UCUGUUUGCCGGGCCCGGACGGUUAACCGAUAAUCCGUUCGACACUUUGUCCCGGUCGAUCGUAGAUUGUCCGGUGUGGGUGUGUGUGCACUCACUCAUGCCCCGCGGAGACAAGUACCCUGCCAGUGAUCUUAUAAAAGGAUCGGUUACCGCCGAGUGCCGGCAUCUCGCUGCUAGCAACAGCCUGUGUGCAACGCGUCCCGGAAUCAUUUUCGUGUGCAAUACCCGAACAGUCAACGCAAACCGCUCGAUAAUGAUGCAGAUCGUCGGCAAGUACGAGUACGUCUCAAACGAGAACUUCGACGCGUUCGUAAACGCGUUGGGGCAAAAGGAGUACGCCGCCCACUUGAUGUCCUCGAAACCGAUCAUCGAGAUUUCGCAGAACGGCGACGAGUGGACCGUUGUCAUCACUUCCGACGGAAAGUCCGCCUCGACCACCUACAAGCUCAACGAAACGUACGAGGAGAAACUGCCGUCCUUCGAUCGCACGUUCCCGAGCAUAGCGACCAAGGAAGGUGAUAAAUUGAAAAUAGAGACGACGGUGCGCGACUCCAUCAAGUUAACUCGCGUCUACGAGUUCACGGAGACAACCAUGAAAGUUCACCUCUCUGAGAGCAGGACCGACAUUAAGGCAACACGUACAUACAAGAGGCUCUAAAUUACACGAAUAUUUAGAUAAACGAAUAACGUCACUCUUUUACAUUAACAAAAAAUAAAAGCUUUUUACAACUUUAUCUCCAUUUUUUUUCACCAUCUACCUCCAUUCUCGUCGAAUUUUCAGAAAAGCAGAAUAAAAUUUAAAUAUAUUUCGGUCUUUAGGACAAAAUUCUAUGCAAAUUUGAGAAAUUUAUAAAUUCCUGCUUUAAAUGUCAUUAAUUUCAUUCGAACAAAAGAUGAUAAAUAAAUAAUACAGAAGUUAUAAUUUCUGUGAUACGUUCCUAGUCAUUUUUAUAAAAUUUCAAUUUUCUAGUCACUGAAAAUUUCUGUUCAUUUUUCUAAUACCUAUGCGGGUUAUUUAGUUACAUGAUAUGUGGCAGUAAGUGCUUUUUAUGUUAGUGGCUAUGCGUGAUAAUUAAUAUUAUAAUAAAUAGUGGCGUUAAUAAAUAAAUACUCGUUAUGGCAUUUGUAAACAAUGCUUUUAAAAGGCACCCUCCGGAAGCAUUAGUAGAAUAUUUCCAACUAUAAAAUUCUAAGGAAUUUUUUUUUAAUAUUGGUUUUAGUGUUUUUUUUUAAUGAUAAAUGAAGAGUGAAUCUUUUUUGCUCUACUAGAUCCUUUCGAUCUAUCAAUGCGACAGAAAAAGAGCAAAAACAAAAAUACUUUAAUUUCCUUGUUUAAAAAUUUAAUACAAUUUAAAAAAAUUUUAGGGAAUUAAAGUUUUCAUACCGCCUACAUUUUUUUCCUUCUCUACGAUUAUUAAAUACAUCAUUGUUCAUACUAGUUUUUGAUUAAAUUUUUAAAAAACGUACAGAUAACCAGGAUAUUUUAAAAGACAUAAUGAAAAAUAAAAGUUUCACAAGCUUCUAUGUAUAAAGAAACAGAACACGGGGAGUCAAAACCUGAAAUUAACGCAUCAACAUUCAUUGAUAUUUAAAUACUCAUUGGUUUCUAUUGUAAAUUGUUUAAAACGUUCUUUACUUCUUUAUUCGUAUCGUUUCGUGGCAAUAAGGGAUCGAAUACUUGUAGUAUAUAAUCAGUCAUAUGUUUAAAACUGGAAAACAAUUUCUUUUACGAUAUAAUUCAUUUUUUUCCCCUUUUUCUUUUCUUUCAUCAAACCUUCGAUGGUAAGAACGAUUCUCGUUUCUCAUCUUACAUUAUACUUUUCCAUCAUAUAUGGUUUCCGAACCGACGAUGCUCUCGCGUAUACAUACAAAUUGUUCUUUCGUUUCGUAUUUGUUCGAAUUUAUUUAAUAAUAUGUAUCACAUUAACUCAUAAAAGUGCUGUACAUAAAAAUGAAUAGAGAAUACAUAAAGAAUGGUAUUAAUGGAUGACGAGCGUAUAAUAUUCUCUCGCAGUAUACUCAACUUCAGAAUAGGAACAAACAAAACAAAAUAAAUAUAUGGUACCUGUGUCGUUCGCGUGUGCGUGGUGUACGUAUAAAUGUACGUGUGUGUUUGUGUAUGUGGACGAAUGUGUGUUUUAUGCGCGUGUCUGUAUGUGUAGAUGAUAAGUUCUCCAUAAAAAGUACGACAAUUAAUCAUUAAUCAAGUAUAAUGCACAUAUAAAAUUAAAAA